UCUAUUAAUUUAUUUUCCUGUAAAACUACAAAGAAAAUGUUUGGAAAUAUUAAAAGAAUUUUUAGUGAUGUGAGACUGACUUUAAAAUAUUUCCCAACUAAAGAAUAACCAAACAAGAUACUAAGAACUUACAAACUGUUAUCACAUGGGUUUAUUAUAAAAAAUUCAGUUAAUUGCAUCACGUUGUUAAUCAAUAACUUGACGAAAAAGUGAUGAAGUAAAGCUAACUAUCAGAAAAAAAAAUAAAAAAAAAACAAGAUAUUAAAAACUAUUAGUUAAAAUAUUAAUUUUUUGUAACACGAAACUAAAUAACUAACAAUGAGCGAAAUUAAAAAUAUUGAUGAAGAUCAUGAAGAUAGUAUGGAGCCGGGAGAAUUAAAAGUAACGCCGCCAGGCACACCAACGCUUAAUUCGGAUGAGCCUUUAAAGGGAAAUGACGAUAAGGGAAAAAAUGAUGGCGGUAAUGAACAAAUUAAAAGUGAAAAUGGUAAAUCUCUUUCGUCCUUGGAAAUCUUAAAAACAUAUCAGGAUCAAGAAGAUGAUCGUUACAUGUCGGUUCCAGAUAUGCCUAAUAAUGCAUUUUUUGAUGGAAAUUUUGCUAUUCCCCAUUCUGGACCGAUGAUUAUGGCUCCACGUGGUUUUCCUUUAUUUAGGGGAGUAAACAGAGGUGUUAGUGUCAAAGCGCGUUUAGGUUUUAGAGGAGCACAUCGUGGUGCAUUUUUUCCUGGAAGGGGUCGUGGUUUUGUAAGAAGAAAUUCAAUGGAACUUCGAGAUUUAAAUCAAGAAGUUAAGCCACAUUUUAAAAUUAAGCUAAUGUACACGAAAACCAAACCAUCAUUAUCUUGGCAUCCAAAUCCAAAUUAUACUACAAUACAAAAACUGGACCUUUCUAAAACCAAGGCAUUCGAUAAAACUAAGUCAAGUGAUUCAAAAGUAGAAGAAAAAAGCCCUAUCGUUGCAGAUAAGAAAAAAUAUCAAAAUGAUGACAAUGAAAACCGAUCUUCAAAAGUCCGAGACAAAAAAAGUUUAAAUUAUUCAACCGAAAAAGAUAAGUCGAAAGAAUCAAAAUCAAAGAAAAAAGAUGUCAAAGAAAGAAAAGAAUUGAAGAAAAAACACCGUACUGAUAGUAAAGACCGGGAUAAAGAUGAAAAAAGAAAAGAAAAAGAUUACAUCAGGAAAAAAUCCGAUAAAGACGAAAAUGAAAAAUCUUGUAAUGAGCGAAAAAAUGAAAAACCUAACAAGAAA